AUGCUGGACAAUAUCGAUCACAUUGUGCUUGUUCUUUCGGGGAAGGGCGGUGUUGGAAAGUCGUCUGUCACCACACAGCUGGCCUUGACCUUGGUGAGGUUGGGUUAUAAAGUUGGCGUGCUGGAUAUCGACCUGACAGGACCCUCGAUGCCCCGGAUGUUUGGUCUUGAGCACGGCAAGAUCCACCAGUCUUCCAAGGGAUGGGUUCCUGUUUACUACGACGACAGCAAGCGUCUCUCUGUGAUGUCUCUGGGGUUCUUGCUUGGCGACCGGGGAAAUAGUGUUGUUUGGCGUGGGCCAAAGAAGACUGCCAUGAUCCGGCAGUUCAUCAAAGAUGUUGAGUGGGAGGACCUCGACUAUCUGUUAAUUGACACCCCACCGGGAACUUCAGACGAACACAUCGCGAUCGCUGAAGAGCUGCGAUACUGCAAAAACGUUGACGGGGCGGUUGUGGUGACGACGCCUCAGCUUGUCUCCGUUAACGACGUGAAGAAGGAGAUCAACUUUUGCGAAAAGGUCAACUUCAAAGUGCUAGGUAUCGUGGAGAACAUGUCUGGGUUCGUGUGCCCCCACUGUGACGAGUGCACCAAUAUUUUCAGUUCCGGUGGGGGAGAGGCACUAGCCACGAACUUGAAGCUCCCGUUUCUGGGAAGUGUCCCCAUCGACCCCACGUUUAACGAACUCAUAGAAAUGCAACUAGAAUGGAAAGACCGUGGCAGUUUGAUCGACCAGUACGGCAAGUCCGCCUUGAGCACGAUCUUCGCCCAGAUGGGAGAAAAGCUCGGGUGGGCGAAACUCACUUGA